GCACGUACGUAUACUGUAAUAAUUAGAGCUACCACACGAGGUGGUAGGAGCUCGGUGGCUGAAACUUUUGUAUAAUUUCCAUAAAGUGUCAUAAUAGUGUAAAUUUAGGUUUUUUGUCUGCUCAAGUUUUCACAUUUCAUAUGAAAUGAAAAUGUGUACUGGAACUUUAGACUCAAAAAGAGUAAAUUUUGUUUUUAUGUAUUAAAUCUCUGCUAGAAAUUUCCCAAUUCACCAUCAGGAAAUAGUCAGUCACGUCAUAAGCGAUCCAGUAUUCUUAGCAGGAAUGAUACCAUCAUGGAAGAUGAUGGUGAUUGGGAUACAGACUUGGAAUGUGAAGAAAAAAAAGAGGAGUUUGACAUCACUGGAGGAACAACAUAUAUCCAAGCUUGUCAAAGAAAUGGUGUUAUUCCAGUUUCAUACUUUCUUCGAAAUUUACAAAAUCGUGAAGUGGAUAUGAAACAUCAUGGGAUUGGAGCUCAUGGGUGCAAAGCUAUUGCAAUAGCACUUGUGACAAACACAUAUGUCAUAUCACUAAAGCUUGCUGAUAACUCCCUUGGUGCUGAAGGUGCUGGUUAUAUAGCUGAAAUGUUGAAAGAAAACUGUUACAUUUCAACUCUUGAUUUGUCCCAAAAUCAACUUGGAAGUGAGGGAGCAAAGUGUAUUGUUGAUAUUUUGUUAAAGAAUUCUGUCGUAUCAUCUUUAACGCUCAAAGCUAAUGAUUUUGAUGACAAAUCGGCUGGUAUUUUGUCUGAAGCCAUUAAGGAAACGACUGCAUUGAGAUAUCUUGACCUCAGCAAGAAUCUAUUUAGUGAGACUGGAGGACAAUGUCUUGCUGCUGCUAUUGGAUCUAACGUCAAUUUGAAUUACCUCAACCUAUCGUGGAAUCACCUCCGACGCAAAGGAGCACACUCCAUUGCUAACGCUUUGAAGGAAAAUGCAUAUUUAAAAGUUCUCGAUCUUUCUUGGAAUGGUUUCGGUGAUGACGGUUGUUUUGCUAUCAGUGAGGCGUUAAAGGUCAACUGCACUUUAGAAGAACUUGAUUUAACUAAUAAUCGGAUAUCAUAUCCCGGUGCUGUUUGUCUUGCCAAAGCUCUUGCCGUUAAUACGACGCUGAGAAUUCUGAAGGUGGGAAAAAAUGGAAUUCAAAGCACCGGGGCAAAAGCUUUGCUUCUUUCUGUGAAAAACAAUGUCAGCUCUAGCAUUAUAGAGUUGGAUUUGAUGGAUAUUACCAUACACGAAGAGUUCCUUAAACUUUCAAAAGAGCUCGAAGAAACUCGGCCUGGCAUAAAAAUAAUUCACGGUGGAAGCGGUGGUUUCAACGAGAAAAGCAAGGAACGACCGACUCCAAUGAAGAUCUUGAAAAAUUACAUUGAAAACAACCAGAUGAGAUUGUACGACUUCUUCUCAAUGAUGGAUAAAGACAAGAGUAUGAGUCUCACCAUAGAUGAAUUUGUCAAUGGACUUCAGGAAACUGGUAUACAGAUGAAUGAUAAGGAAUUGUUGGCGUUAGUGCAAUCACUCGAUAAAAAUAAUGACGGUGAAAUCAAUUACAGUGAACUUGUUCUUGGUUCUGUUGAACAGAAGAAAGAAGAUCGUAAACAAUUUUUUAAAGAUCGUGCAGAGAAAGAAAGACUUCGGAAAAUAUUGACCUCGUAACGACAUCUGACUGAAUGACUUGAAUAAAUGCUUUCAGAUAAGUUCAUUUUGGGCUGCUUGCGUAGGUAGCUAAUGUGGUUUUUUGAGUUGCAGACUCAGAUUUUACCCUCAUAUAAAACGCAAAACGUAUUCCAAUUUGGGAAAACAAGAAAACGAAAUUCAAAUUAAAAAAAGCACGAAACGUUUCUCUGAAGGAAAUUUCGGUAAUUUAAAUGAAUUUUCAUUUAAGAGGACUUUAUACAUUUUCUGAUUUUCAAAGGCAAUAACAAUAUAUUACGUAGUAUACAGUAUUUGAAAUAUAUUUUUGAUGUGUAUUAUAUUUCAUAAAA